AUGGCUUCUUUAAUGGCUUGGAGACGACUAGCCGCGGCGCCGGCGUUCUCGCGUGCCUCCAGAGCGCCGACCCGGGCAUUUUCCACAACACGACCGGCCGCCCGCGUCAUUGCGAACGGGCCGCUCCGCGCAAAGGAGGCGUCGCCCUACGUCAGUAGCAAGUACCCGGUCAUCGACCAUGAGUAUGAUGCGAUAGUCGUCGGUGCCGGCGGUGCCGGUUUGCGUGCCGCUUUCGGUCUGGCCGAGGCCGGCUUCAACACAGCUUGCAUUUCCAAGCUGUUUCCCACGAGGAGUCAUACAGUUGCCGCUCAGGGUGGUAUCAACGCCGCGCUAGGGAACAUGCACGAGGAUGAUUGGAGAUGGCAUAUGUACGAUACGGUCAAGGGCUCCGACUGGCUGGGUGAUCAGGAUGCCAUUCACUAUAUGACCCGCGAAGCCCCUGCCUCCAUUAUCGAGCUCGAAAACUACGGCUGCCCCUUCUCAAGAACCGAAGAUGGCAAAAUCUACCAACGUGCCUUCGGUGGCCAGUCCCAGAAGUACGGCAAGGGCGGCCAGGCGUACCGUUGCUGUGCCGCCGCCGAUCGUACCGGCCACGCUCUCCUCCACACUCUCUACGGCCAAUCUCUCAGGCACAAGACCAACUACUUCAUCGAGUACUUUGCCAUCGACCUAAUCAUGCAGGAUGGUGAAUGCCGUGGUGUUCUGGCCUACAACCAGGAGGACGGCACUCUCCACCGUUUCCUAGCCAACAACACCGUUCUGGCCACCGGCGGCUACGGCCGCGCCUACUUCAGCUGCACGUCGGCCCACACGUGCACGGGUGAUGGUAUGGCCAUGGUUGCACGCGCCGGCUUGCCGAACCAGGAUCUCGAAUUCGUGCAGUUCCAUCCCACUGGGAUCUACGGAGCGGGCUGCCUAAUUACCGAGGGAGCUCGUGGCGAGGGUGGCUACCUCCUCAACUCCGAGGGUGAGCGCUUCAUGGAGAGAUAUGCCCCGACCGCAAAGGAUCUUGCCAGUCGCGAUGUCGUCUCGCGUUCCAUGACCAUGGAAAUUCGGGAUGGCCGCGGCGUCGGCCCUGAGAAGGACCACAUCUACCUCCAACUCAGCCAUCUUCCCGCCGAGAUUCUCGCCGAACGUCUGCCCGGUAUUUCUGAGACAGCGGGUAUCUUUGCCGGCGUCGAUGUUCGAAAGCAGCCCAUUCCCGUCCUCCCGACGGUCCACUACAACAUGGGUGGCAUUCCUACCCGGUACACGGGUGAAGUCCUUACAGUCGAUGAACAGGGCAAUGACAAGGUUGUCCCCGGCCUCUUUGCUUGCGGUGAGGCUGCUUGCGUCUCCGUCCACGGCGCCAACCGGCUCGGGGCCAACUCCCUGCUAGAUCUAGUCGUUUUCGGCCGUGCCGUCUCGCACACUAUCCGCGACAACUUCACCCCCGGAGCGCCCCUCAAGCCAAUCGAGGCCGAUGCCGGUGCCGAAUCGAUCGAGGUUCUUGACAAGAUCCGCAACUCGGACGGCCCUAAGAGCACGGCCGAAAUCCGGCUCGCCAUGCAGAAGACCAUGCAAAGAGAUGUCAGCGUCUUCCGCACUCAGGAAAGCUUGGACGAGGGUGUCAAGAAGAUCACCGAGGUCGACCAGAUGUUCUCUCAGGUCGGCAUCAAGGAUCGUAGCAUGAUCUGGAACUCGGACCUGGUAGAAACGCUCGAGCUUCGCAACCUGCUCACCUGCGCAACCCAGACGGCCGUCUCGGCUGCCGCCCGAAAAGAGUCCAGGGGCGCCCACGCCCGUGAGGACUACCCGGAGCGUGACGACGAGAACUGGAUGAAGCACACGCUCAGUUGGCAAAAGCAGCCCCACGGCAAGGUCGACCUCGGGUACCGCCGUGUCAUUGCCACGACCCUGGAUGAAAAGGAGUGCCCCCCUGUACCGCCGUUCAAGCGUGUCUACUAA